AUGGCGGCCCCUACCGACCAAUUCUACCUCCGCUACUACUCCGGUCAUUCUGGACGAUUCGGACAUGAGUUCUUGGAGUUCGACUUCCGCGUCGUCGGCGAUGGACGGAGCGCAGUCGCGCGUUAUGCGAACAACUCCAACUACCGAAAUGAUAGUCUGAUUCGCAAAGAGAUGUGCGUCAGCGCUCUUAUUGUCGAUGAGAUCAAGCGCAUUAUCAAGACAAGCGAGAUUCUGAAAGAAGAUGACUCAAAGUGGCCACAAAAGAACAAGGACGGACGUCAGGAGCUGGAGAUUCGGUUGGGCAACGACCACAUCUCCUUUGAGACGGCCAAGAUCGGCUCAUUGGUUGACGUGACAGAGUCCGCCGACCCUGAAGGCCUGCGCGUCUUCUACUACCUGGUGCAGGAUCUGAAGGCCUUGGUAUUCAGCUUGAUUGCCCUGCACUUCAAGAUCAAGCCCAUCUAA